CAGAGUACCAGAGUCCUGAGGCAGAAGAGAAACAGGACUGGGGAUAGUUAAAAUCAGCAUCCCAGUUGGCUUUCAAGUUUUGGGGGAAAUAUCCCUCAACAUUGAGAAGGAGACAGUUCAGUCAUGAAAUUAAUUGUCUUCCUUUUCCUCUGCUCCAGGCUGGUAUGGAGUUUAACCCUGGAGUCCUCACAGGAAAUUGACUGCAAUGACCCGGAUUUGUUUAUGGCUGUGGAUGCUGCUCUGAAGAAAUAUAACGAAAGAACUCAAACUGGCAACCAUUUUGUGUUGUACCGAAUAACUGAGGCCACCAAGACGGAUGACGCUGACCCAUCCUAUUCCUUCAAGUACCUAAUCAAGGAGGGCGAUUGUUCUGUUCAAACUGGCAAAUCCUGGCAGGACUGUGACUACAAAGACUCUGCAGCUGCUGCCACAGGAGAAUGCACAGCCACCGUGGGAGAGACGAAACAUCAUAAAUUUGUUGUGACAAACCAGACUUGCCACAUUACUCCAGCGGCCAGUGCUAGGAUGGUAGACCCGACUGGGUGCCCUGGCUGUCCUUCCCCCAUAUCAUCUUCGGACCCUGAACUGCAGUCUGUCCUGAGACACGCCCUUCAGCACUUCAACACCCAUAACAAGCAGCCCCACCUCUUUUCUCUCAGAGAAAUAAAAAGUGCUCAGAUGCAGGUGGUGGCUGGAGUGAACUAUGAUGUUGUUUACUCAGUUGGGCAAACUAAUUGUUCCAAGGAGAGAUUUCCAGCCCUAACUCCACACUGCCAGCUCCUCUUGAAUGGUGAUUUUGGUGAAUGUACAGAUGAAAUAUAUGUGAGUCUUUCAAACAGUAUCGCCGGAUUCUCCCAGAAAUGCGACAUUUUCCAAGGAGAGGAUUUUGUAAAACCACGUCACAGGUUGUGCAUUGGCUGCCCUGAGGAGAUACCCGUGGACAGUCCAGAUCUGAAGGAGGCUCUGACUCAUUCCAUCCGAAAGCUUAAUGCUCAGCACAACGGAGCUUUCUACUUCAAGACUGACACUGUGACUAGAGCAACAAAACAGCUGGUUGCUGGAGUGAAAUAUUCUGUGACGUUCACCGCCAGGGAAACCAUGUGUUCCAAGAGCAGUAACAUAGAGUUGAUUGAGAAUUGUGACAACAACAAAGCUGGGCAAGUUCUAACCUGUGAAGCUGACAUUGUUAUCGUCCCUUGGAAGAACCUUGUCACCCCUACUGUCAACUGCCAACCACAAGAAAUGAUUUCAAUGAUGCAAAGGCCUCCAGGUUUUUCACCUUUCCGAGCAGCAGUAAUGAUGGAAACAAAACAAGGAAAAACUAGACACCUAAAGUUCUGUGAAUACAAGGACCAAGCUCACAAGUCUCUGAGGCAAAGCCACCAGCCUCAAGUGAAGUCUCAUGACCAGCAAGCAGAAUCUCCACAAUAACCCCCAACCUCUGUCAGCAGCCCUGAGAGGAAGGACAAGAAGGGAUAGAAUUUCACUUGAAAGAAAUGCCAUUUUAGUCAUGCUGUUGCUGUGCAAAAUAAAGUUUAAUCUUGACCACUCA